CUGACUCUCAUUUUUUGCAUUUUUAGCUUCCAUCCAUAUUCAUUGGGCUCUAUUAACUGGAGUUUGUUGGAUACUCAGAUACAAUACCGCAAUAUUUCUGCAUUUAGUGAAGACGAUAUCAGAUGUUAUUCUGCAAAAUUUCUUCUUACACCGUCUUGUCUGAACAUAACACGUUCAAUUUUGCAUGAUCGUCUUCACGGGGAUGUCUAUAGUAAUCUGCUGAGUUGCCCGAGAUUCAGAAAGGAACAAAAAGACGGUUUUGUCAGAAUUCUAGAAUUUAUGAAUCGCUUGAAAACAAAAGCUGGUUCUGUUCCAGUGCCCGCGAAGAAGUACAUUCCAAAAGUUUUUCUAUUAUUUGACACAGAAAAGUCAGCAUCUGGAGCGAGUUGCUCUCCUGAAAAAGGUUCAGAAAGUGUGCUUGAUAUUUCAAAUAAUAAUGCAGUUUUUCGCGCCUGGAACGAAAGUUACACACCUCUUUUCUCACAAGAGUUAAAUCAGAAAUUCCCACCUUACCUCUUUCUUUCUGUCGAUUUAGUAGAUUGGAUUAUGACUAAUGUGAAGAGUUUGCCACAGCGUGAUGCAGCUUUAGAAUACUGCAAUAUGGUGGGAAUACUUCGCAAUAUUCAAGUACUACCCGUUGAUGAAGUUUCAAAUGCAUUUAGCAGCAAAUGCAAGUCCUUUAUUGACAGAACAUUUCCUAUGCGGUAUGGUUUUGUUCUUUGCCAUUUUCAAAGCACCAAAACACCACGCAAAUCUUGGUCUCCAGCGAUACAGUGUGAAUUCAUUGACAGUAGCCAGGAUCAGUGUCGGAAGACAACAAGCUGCAUUGAAAUAGAUUUUUUUUCUCAUAUGCAAAGAAGUAACGAUCUGAGUGGUUCUUACCUGCCGCCAAACAUUCCUCAGUUUACAGAGUGGGGGAAGAUGAACUUCAGUUCAACUUACAGCCAGGAUGCCGCAUACAACUUUUCUCUUCAAUGGUAUAUGGCCACAGGUCAAACUGUUGCGGAGCUUAUACGUCAGUGGUGUAGUAAAGCUACAAAUUGUCAGCAUAAUCUCUUUCCCAUACCCACUGUUCCUAUUCCUUGCUAUGCGGAUCCACUGUCGCUGCCUUUAAGACGCCCGAUUGCAAUCCCUUUCAAUCCGCCAGGGUAUUCCACAGAAGAGGUUUCAAAAGCUGUUUUGGAGAUCAUGCAAGCGUUUGGCUUCAUUGCUUUGGGGUGUCAAGUACAUUAUGGAAGGCGGUAUGUCCAUGUGUCUGGCGGGAUGUUCCUUGUGUACGACACGUUAAAGAAGAUUUUCCUCUGGGCCUGGAAUCAUAUGCUUAGUAACCGCUUCAGAUCGAACACAGGCUGUACGGAGGAGUUCCAGGACUAUAUGCUGGCUGACUUCCGUGAUUUCUGUGCUGGACCUCGAGCUGUAAAAUUCUUAGAUGAUAUCUACCUUGCGCGGAAUUUGUUUGAUCAUUAAAC